CAUCAAUUGAAUAGUUUCUGAUAGAACAUUUUAUUUUUCGUGUUCCGGUAUAACCGUUGAGAAGGAUUAGGUUGUUCACUUACUUUCAUUGAAUAUUUUCAGAAAUAGAAAAAAACAGUAUUUAUUUAAUUGAUAUCCAAGUACACUUCAGAUCUCCUAUAGAUUAACUACCAUAAGACGAAAUGCAGUAACACGAUUCUAAUAAUUGAAUUAUCUAUGUGAUAGGAAAAUAUUAAGUAUAUUGAACUUAUUUGAUUUUCAUCAAUCAAUGGAGCAGGAAAUCUUAUCUGAAUAGAUAAAGUGAACUUGAGGCUUUUAUUUGUAAACCUACUUAGGCGGAAUAGUUAUACCAACGUUUUUUUAGGCUCAAUUCUAUUUUAAAAUUAUUAUGAAAUUAGUGUUUAUUUCCAUAGAUCUGGUGAAGAAUCCGGAAAUAAAUUGUUAGGAUAUUGCAAUGGCGAACCCUCAUUCAAACAACGUUGUCCACGAUGUUCUGGAGGAACAACACAGAAGAAUCGAAGAAGAAAAAAUGAAUUGUGCAGAGAAAUAUGGAAACGGCAUAUUUAAUACCACGUUGAGACGAAUUGUCGAUUUUAAUCAAGGGUUCUCCUGCCCAGCAACUUGGGAUGGAAUUACCUGCUGGUCUCCUGUACCAGCUGGAACUACAGCUUCAAAGGCUUGUUCUUCUCUUUCCUAUAUAAGUGGAUUCGUUUUGAAUAACACUGCUACGAAAACAUGUUUGGAAAGUGGAGAUUGGUUCAUGAGAGAAGGAGGCUAUUGGACAAAUUUCAGCCAGUGUCAUAUAGAAAACAAAACAACUAUAUUUGUUACACACCCCAACAUCACAAAUGGUACUAGUCUGGAGAGAGAAUAUUUGUCAUUACUCAAAGGUAUAAAAAAGACUGGUUAUCUUUUAUCUCUAAUUACUCUACUCGUAGCUCUAUUCAUAAUGAUCACGAUAAAGAAAUUACAUUGUUCGCGAAAUAUCUUACAUAUACAUCUUUUUACUUCAUUCAUACUCAGAGCUUUUAUAUUUUUGCUCAAAGAAGUAACCUUCGUGGAUGGAAUUGGACUGCCAUCGGAUAUACUAGGAGUUCAAAAUGGUUCAUUUUUCAAUAUCGAACUGGAGACUAACAACUGGCAAUGCAAAUCACUAACAAGCUUAUGGCAGUACUUCAAUACAGCCAAUUAUUCUUGGAUUCUUAUGGAAGGUCUCUACUUAUAUAAUUUAAUAUUUCGUGCUUUAUUUGCUGAUUCCUCUGGAAGUGUAAUGGGAUAUAUAAUAAUGGGUUGGGGUUUUCCUCUCAUUGUGGUAGCUGCAUGGAUCCUGGGUCGAAUUUUCUUGGACGACAAUUUAUGUUGGACAAUGAACAACUAUAAGACUUAUCUCAUUAUAGAGAUUCCUACACUUUUAUCCGUUGUUAUCAAUCUCAUAUUCUUUGUGAGAAUCUCAUUGGUUCUACUCAACAAACUCAUAUCUCCUUUGAAUGAUGAUAACAGAAGAUGUUAUAUGAAAUGGGCAAAAUCUACACUUGUUUUAGUACCAUUAUUCGGUGUGAACUAUGUUGUACUCUUUGGAUUUCAAUACAUAUCGAACGAGGUUGUGAAUUUAGUCUGGUAUGCUUGUGAUAGUCUCUUCGGGAGUUUCCAGGGUUUUUUCGUUGCUGUGCUCUACUGUUUCAUGAAUGGUGAGGUGAAGGCUGAAGUGAAACCUAUUCUUCGUGAAAUCCUUCCUUUUUUAGCGACACAUAAAAUUUUCAAAUUAUGCUUCCCAUGCAGAGAAAAAUUUUUGGGGUCUACCCGUGGCAAAAUAUCUGUGUGCACGACAUUAUCCUGUAGUUCAAUGUAUGCCAAUGGUCUAAUUAAUAGCAGAGGAAAUAUUGCGAGGAAUAGAGAUCAUUACUGUCAACACAUGAGAAGAAUGUCGCAUGAUAUAGGUACAUGUGAGUCAACACGGACUAGCAUCAAUUUUUCGAAUAGCAGAAAGCAAAGUCUUCUUUACCGAUCUGGGAAUAAUGACGAAGCAAUGGAAAUGUCGAAUUUAUUCCAACCAGAAAUGAAAAGGGUCCAAGAAGAUUAAUGAGAAAGAUGGAGUGUACUAUUUGUAAUGUAUCCACAUCCUGAGACUAUCAUAUCAGUCCAUCGAAAAAAGUCCAUUAUUGAGCAGAAAAAAAGAAGGCACUUCAGACAGAACAGAAGGAAGAAGAUAUGAAGAAUUUGUAUAAAUUGAAUUUACGACAUUUUUGAAUGUUAGACGAUGUUAGAUGUUUUAUUUUUAUAAAUGAAAAUAA